GAAAGAGUGUGGUGUGGAGCGGGGGUUUUCAACCAGCUUAGGUCAUUCGCUUUGAGUUUUCGUUGUGAAGUAUCGCCGCUGCUCUGUAUGUUUCACAAUACUUGUGCAAAUGAUAUUGUCGUGGAUGAGUUGCAGUCAUUUAUUGAGCACCAGAUUAAGGAUAUCGAAUCACGGAAGCAACCGAGUUCUGUACUUUCUGAUGUUUCAAAUAAAUUUACGGCUAUAACAACGUCUGCCGACCUAACCUCUGACCUAUUACUUGCCACGUUUGUCGCAAAGGUAGUUGAGAAGCUGUGUUCUCAACUUGAACAAAUUUUCUUAGAGGCAGUGGAUCCAAAUAUUGGUAGUAUCCGGAUAUCAUCUAUUCUGAAAGAUCUUCAACAUACAGUCAAGAGUAUGUGCAGUCAAUAUUAUGGACAGGUUCCAAACCAGACAAGUCAGCCUCUUCCAUCUAUCAAGCUGGGCAGUGUCUUCGCUUGGGCACGCGAACAAUCUGGUGUCCAUUUUAAUGGUCUUCAAAUAUGUUCAGACUUAAGAAGAAACCGACUACGUCUAUGCCGAAAGCUAUGCCGUUUGGUACGUUUGUCUAAGUCUUCCAAACUGCGGAGUCAGUCUCAUCCUGUCCUCGUCAGUCUUCGACAUGAUCUGAUGAAAAUACGCUCUCGUGCUUCUGGGAAGGUGUUAACAGAAAAGCCUUUAACAAUAGUAUCCCCUACUCCAGAUGAUCCUUUUGUUUCGUUUGAAAAACCUAUUAUCCAGUCGAAGCUUGUUGUCAUCUUUGAGAAAUUAGCUGAUCAAAUAACUGAUCUCUUGCUACCAAUUUCACAUUUAAUUCCAGGUAUUUCAGUUGUUAAAACUCCUGAUGAUACCGGGAAACGCCGAGAAAAUUUACGUGCACAAGUUAUUUUGGCAAUUCAAGGAUUCUAUUGUCAUUUCAAUGAAACCACUGAAGAUACUGGACAUGAUUUUGAAAACAACAAUUCAACAAUCGAGGAUUCUAUGAAUGGAAGUUAUGCUCUACCUGAUCUAACUGAGUCUAGCUCUGAUGAUGAUGAUAUUACUGGGUCGAAGUUAACAGUUCAAAUGAAUCCUGCUAUGAUUCAAGCCUCACUUGAUCGAUUCGAUCAUUUUAAUUGGAAUAAACAAAAACGAUCUUCAUCAUCAGCGUCAUCACUACGUGCAAAAGAACAGACAACAGAUCAAUUGACUAGUAUUCGACAGCAAGGUCCAAUAUUUGUCAGAUCAAUUACUUCCAAAGGGAAAAUGGGAUUCACUGAACCAACUACUAUUUAUAAUACAGAUAUCACUUCUCCCAUCAAUCAAAUAACUGAAUCCAAAGAGGUGGAAAACUCUAAAGAUAAAAACGUUGAAGUUCAAUCAAAUGAUGUUUCAAUGGAAUCAGUUACCGUAGUACAGAUUGAAGACAAGAAUGAGGAAAAUAAAACUGAACAACAGGAGAAGAUAGAAAAUUGUGAUAAAUCAACAAAAUCCCAUUCUACUAGUAAAUUAGGUGUAUUAUCAAAAAAGCAUACAACUCGAUCUCUACGUACACGUCAUAGUCGUACACCGUCUGAUGCAAGUUUUUCAGAAGGUGAAGUAUUAUCAGAUACUGAAGAAGAUUUAGAAUUAUCUGAUAAUGGUCGUGAACAAAAAGACGGUGUUGGUGUUCAUGAAAAAACUAAACCUGUUGAAAAUGAUGGAAAAAAUGAUGAUUUAGUUAAAUUAGUACAUGAUCCACUACAUACUACAACACCUAUCAGUGAUGUUGACUUAACUGAACUAGAAAUUAUGGAUGAAUGGGCACCGCCGGUUUUAGCAUCGAAUCGAAUGGAUACAUCUAUUUCACUGAGUGAUAUCAGUCUUCCAGCUGAAGAAAUGAAAGAUUCUACAUUUUCACAUGAAAUCAAUGUAAAAGAUAAUAAGAAAGAUGAAAUAACAGAAUUGUUGAAUAAUUCAAUUGAAUUUUGUUCAAAUAGUCUUCAAGAAUUGAUAAUAAAAGCUGAAGUCAAUAGUGAUAUUCAAUGUGGAGAUAGUUUGAAUAAUAUUGCAAGUCAAUCGUUCAAGAUUUGUUUAACUCCAGAGUUAGAAGCUAGUAUUGAGAGGACAACAACUGCUUUCAAGGUAGGUUUUUAAUGAAAUAAUUGAAUACUGUAAGCUUAACUAAUCAUUAUGAGAUGCUCAAUUAGGAUUUGUUAAAGAUACAGUUAACUUCAAGUAAAUAGGUACAACUCACAUCAACUAUGCAUGAUUACAUACAUUAAGUUAUUCACAGGUUGAUAAUACUGUGUAACUGGUUAAACAUCUGUAAUUGUGUAGGCUGUAGACAAUUAUAGCUUACACAUGGUGAGCUAUGACUGAGUAAGGCUGUAUUCAAUACUUCAGACCCUUAGUCUUGGUCGUAUGAGGAGGGGUAAACUGUUUGUUUAGGGUCUUCAAGAUGAUAGAAAUCAUUGGUUGGAUAUCUUUGGUAUGAUAUGAUUGAAAACCGGUCACAAUGGCACAGUUGUAUUCACUCUUCAAAAGUCUAAAUGUUUUGACUAACCUUCUCUUCUCACAUACACUUUUGUCUAUCUUGAUAUCAAGCUUUUUCUAUUCACGUGUUCUUUGUAUACUACGAUGAAAUGUGAUAACUUCAACCGAUACACUUCUAUGAUCAUAUUGCUUUUAAGCUUGCAUCCAUGGGAUAACUUGCAAACUUAGUACAUAUACUUAUCAGCUAGGCGAUGAACCACCUUAUUGUUUUUGAGCUGAAGGACAGACGAACAGAAAAUCAACGUAGAACAUCGAACAUAAGUACAUCAUCUCAAGUUGCCACACUCCACAGUAGUAUACAAAGAACAAGAGUAGAUAAAGUUGUGUGAGACAAUAAACAAUUUGAAGAUAAAGGUUACUGUGAAUAUUCAAGCUUUAGAAGAUGUCAAGGAGUAAAUACAUAUGAGCCAUGUCAUCAAGUGUUUCCAACCACUGAUUCCUUUAGUCUUGGGCACCCUAACCAGACAUUCUACAUCUUCAUACAUGACUCAGAUCAGUAAGAGAGUUCAUCGACUGGUGCCAGAUCUUCAUCUUGCCACUCUGAAACCUCUUCCAACCUACUCCAAUUUCUCCUGGCACGUCACGUCGAUAUAGGAAGUGGUUUGGCCUUCCCAAUACAUAUUCAAGCCAUCUCAACUGAUGAAGGUUCACAAACUCGUUAAUCAACUUACCUGUCUUGCCUAGUACUCUUCACCUAACCUCACAAUUGCUUACACGGUGAUUCCACCAAACGUGACCAAUACUAUGAAUACAUCUAUGAUCGAAACCUUGUAAUCUUGUAACCUAAUUUUAACGGUCAUGUUUCACAGCCAUAUUCAGGAUAGAACGGACUGUAACGCAUCAUACUUGUCCUUUGAUAGAUAGUUAUAUAUCUCACCAGUCGGCUCCACAGAUGAUGUAACUUGGCAAAUGCCGCUCAGGCCUUCUGUAUCCGAGCUAAGAUUUUUUCAGCACUUACGCCGCUCGGGCUGAUACAACUUUCUCCAAGUAAGUAAAGUGGUUAACACACUCCACCACUUCACUCCUUAUAAUUGAACUGGGAGUGUUCGCAAGCCAGUCCUGGAGCAUCAUGCAUUUGACAGGUGGGAAAUGCUUCUGCUCAUCGCGUUCAGAAAACCCUGCAUUUUAUCAGUCUUCACCCAGCACAACAAUAUCGUCUGAAUACUUCAAGUCAACCAGAUGACCUCCAUGAAGUAGGUCAAUCCCAAUGAAGUCAGAUGUAACUAAAGUCUUGUCUGUUCUUAUGCCUAUGACGAAGGAACGGUGACAGUGGGCAUCGCCGGUAAACGCCACUAGUUGUCGUCAGUUAACAUGAUAACUCUUCAUUAACCCUGACAUGGCUGCGUGAGUUCAAGUAGAGAGCUUUGAUUAGCGUUAUAUACUUGCUUUGUAUUCUCCUCAUAGUCAGACUGCCACAAUACCCCACAGUCGACCAAGUCAAAUUCCGCCUUCAGGUCGGAAAAUAUAGCAAGCGUUAUCUGCUGAUAGGUAUACCUGUGUUCCAGAACCUGUUGGAUGAUGAAAAUAUGACCGAUGUACCUUCGUCAAGGUCUGAAACUUGCCUGGUUUUCUCGAGUUUGCUGUUCUUGAGCUCUACUUGGAAGUUGGAUAACUACAGACCCCAGGAUCUUGGAUACAAUAUCAGUCAAAAUAAUUCCCCUAUGGUUGUCACAGGAAGACUUCCCUCCCUUCUUGUAAACUGAGAUGACCAGUGAAGCGCAGACAAACAUGAACCUGCACUAGCGCGUGAUCAGAGUUCAAACUGGUACUCCAGAAAAGUACCAUCCUCCAACGAUGGCUUAUAGCAAUCUGAUAUAUCUGUGUCCAUCAUUGGUUUAAUGUUGGCUGACACCAUAUGAGACAGUGUCUGUCCUCAUGCCUAAGGUUAGUGCUGACCCAGAAACAAGUCGGAACAAAACUGAAACAGAAGACCACCGUUUUCAGUUAGCUGGCAUAGGAUCACAUAGAUAUGUGCCAGAUGCCUCUCCGAUUGGCUUAGUUUCCCUCUCCACCUACUGAGGUUUGAGCAGCCAGGUAGUAUCGCUAGCCCCCACACAAUAGGUGUGGCUCAUUGCCUACUGCAUGGAUUUACACAAGGUAGCUGAGUGUGUUUCUUUUUUUCAUUCAUUUGAGCGUUAAAGUCACUUGCCAUUAUGACUACAUCUGAACGUUUUGCUUUCUGUAACAGGGUUGACACCUGAUAGGAUUCAUGCUUUGCAUCCGAACUACAGUCGGUGGAGUUUACCAAUGGGCAUCGUCUGGUCUCACGAACUCUCCUAGUCUUUACAGAUCCACUCAUUCGAACAGCACAUAGACCCCAGUUUACUGGAAUCCUGUCGAGGAGCGCACUUUCUGCUCCACGACUCAAACGUAUGCCUACACCAGCUAGUCCACAAGAGCCUGGUCACUGAGUCUCCGGAUACUCUUAAAGUGAAUUUUGAGGAUUCACCGCUCUGGUCAGGUGAGGUUAAUUUAAGAACCACAUCCGGGUUCUGUAUACGUGUAUCAGAGACACAGCACACAUCCAUGGCUAGGGAUUUCGGAGUUCUGACAAGCGAUGCUUGUCGGAUUUGGCAUAGAGUUCGGACGUUGAGAGCUCCUGCAUGAAAUCGAUGGUUGGCGGGUAGAGUCUUCGGAGACCAGGAAUGAGGUUUUGAUGGCUUUGGUCGUUAGUAAUGCUUGCAGAGUGAGAAUUUGGGGUAGAUGUAAGAGGAUUGUUGUUAGCGUCAGGAGGUGAAAACAAUGGAGGAGAUAAAGUUGAGGAGGAAAAGUUAUAUUUGACUAUGUCUUGUGUACUACUGGAAGCGUGCAUGCGGUUGACACUUCCCAGCUGCCCACACCGUGAAGGGCUACUUCUUCUUAAGGUACUUGAAAAAUAAAAAGGUUUGUGUGACCACAGAGCCCAUGGGACAUGUGCUUAAGAUCUGUCACACAUAGCCUUCUAUGGAUCAUUGUUUUGAGGUUCGGUUGUUCUACCACCGGCACCGGAAUACCAUGGGGCAUGGCAGAGUGUGUUAUUUUCAGGGUUAACCUUUUCUACCCUCGCCCCCUUCCGUUAAGAAGGUAGCAUCAGUGUGGCACUGCCGGUCAUCUAAGGGAAACACCUUACUACUGUCACAUGAUAUCCAGCUAGCAGCAGUUCGACUUGCCCCCCCCCAGACCGACAUGAUAGUGUAGUAAUUUCCACUACAAGGGUAACCACUUUUUGUCUCACCACUAUUCAACAGACGUUUCUAAGAUAGUAGGGCCUUAAGGGAACAAGCCUUCCACCAGUAUAGCUUAUUGGGUCAUUGUGAUAUGCAAGUCCAACCACCAUAUCAAGGUAGCAGUUAUCUGUCGAGGUAAGUGGAUCAGGAUUUGAACUGAUCAAUUGCAUUUACAAGUAGUCGAGUGAAAUUGUUCACAUCCCCCCUAAUGAAUGUUCACACAAAACAAAUAACUUUCUCACCUCUUUUGGAUGAUGUUAUGGUAGAGAUAACAGUUAAGUGAUUUUUUUCCAAUAUCAAUAUUGUAUUUCUGUGUAAAGAAAACAAUGCAUUGCAUAUACUGUCUACUGCAUCUACCCUAGGAACACGUGACAUCAGUUCUAGCCAAUCUCUUACACGCUGUACCAGGUCAAUUAUCAGCACAAGCAGAAAAUGAUGCUAAAUACCGUAGCCAACGUGGUGGUACACGUAGACAACAGGUUGUUUCACGUCGUGGUUCUAGACUUCGUGGUAUGCUACUGGCCUAUCAACAAGAGGCUGUGAAACGUCUCAGUUCUAGCACUUUCGAAUGACCAAUGACUUUGAGGGGGCAAAGAAUUAAAAUCUUUUAUUAUGUGAAACAAGACUGAAGUCUUUUCUUCAUCAUUUUCAAGUCUAUCUUAUAGAUUAUAAUUUUUCUUGUCUGUGAAUUUCCUCUGUUGUUUUAUGGUACAGUUCUAAUCCUGUUGUCGAUAACACUAUGUGUUGCAAAUGUAUAUCAUGGUCUUUAAAUACAAGUUAUUUCGU